AUGCCGGGUAGGGUUCACUCGCGCCAACAGGCGGAGAUGGCGCUGCAGCGACUACUGAAGUUACAAAGAAUGGAGACCACAUGUAGCGUUGAGGUGAAAUUGGGAUGGUUCGGAGAGUGCAUCACCAUGCUCGAUUGUGCACAUAAGGCGGUGUUGAAGGCUGCCCUCCGAUUGCUGGGAAUGCUGGUGAAGCAGGAAACGCUGUGUGCACAGCUCUCUUUACUCCACUCGCUCGGCAUUGUGCGAGCAUUAGUUCAGAUUGUCGACGAUGGGGAAACAGACAAAGAGGUGCUACAUCUGUUGAUUUGGUGCCUGAAAGUGCAGCGCCUUCCUACCGACGCAAUAACUUCGGAAGGCAGCAACAUAUUAUGCUGUUUCAAUCGCGUGUACAGCAGCUGUUCCGACCAUCCCGAUAUAUUGCGGGAUAUACUGCAUGCCACCAAGACGGUCAUUCUUGCAGCCCCUCUACAAAUGCUGGGCCAUCCACCCGGACAGUGUGUUGCGAAUACCGUUGACGGGGAUGAUCAAUUAAAGAGGAAUUCGAUACAGAGAGUGCGUAAAGGCGGGAGUUUGAAAAGAUGUGCAAGUGCGCAUGAACCGGCAACGGUCGAUGGCACACCGCAGAAGCUCCGGAAGCUAUCGCCCCUUAUUAGUGUACAAUCACUCACAACUGAUCUAGACACGCGCGUUCACACAAAGUCCAUGAGGGCACAUUCUCAGAGGCACGCAUCAUCUAGAAUGCCUUCUCCAGACCCCCUCCUGGUGGGUGUCCAACCGAAGCAAGCACGUGUAUCGGAUAGCAAAGUGCUUUGUAAGUGUAAAUGUAUCUGUUGGAUGGGGUAUGCAAUGUCGGGUCUAUUCCAUAAGGAUGUGUCCGUUCAGAAUGCGGCGCACAGUUUGUUCUUCACCCGAGAUGUACCGUCGCGGUGUAAGGCCUUACUGAUGGGAGCACCUGGGCAACAGUACCCCUCGGCACAGACUGACAGUAGCACAAGACACGUCAGUACUAACGGCUCUCACACACAUAAAAAGGUGGCCUCACAUGCGAACAUUCAGAUGUGCAGUAACUCGGGAAUGGCGCAAGGUCAAGGGGUUUGUAUCACAGGGGAUAAGCUCGAAUGUGUGUGCAAAGGCACGACUUACGAUGUGACAAAGGAUGUGAAGCAUGUGGCGAAAGGCAGCAGUGAGAAGCAUUGGUUGUUGUUCGACCCGAGCCAUGAUGGCAGGUAUGCGCAGAAAGUGCCAGCCACGGAGCGCGAGAAGGUGCUGCUUGAGUUCUUUGCACGCAAUUUGGCAGGCACUGACGGUACUUAUAUAGAGAAAAUGGAAAUAGGAGAGGAUGUUGCUAAGCCAACUGGAGAAGAUGUCCGUGAUUAUGGUAUAGUGGGUGGCAAACACGUGGGCAUUAAACUUGACCGGCACGGUGAAGGUGUGGGUGACCAACAAGUAAGCGCAUCAACCCGCAGGAACAAAGUACCAGGAAAGAGGCGGCGACAGAGGAGUGGGCUACCCCCCAGUACGAGCAAGCAUCAGAACACUGCACGUGAAACGGCUGAUAAAAUGUCUAGUGCUUUGGACAAGGAGUUCAGACCGCCAUGUAGAACCCGAAACCCUAGUACAAGUGGAGUGGGUGGUUCUAAGCCUAAAACGGCUAUGUACAAUGGAGAAUCUGCCACAGAUACCGACACAGACACAGACCAAGCCCCAAGAGCUGAUGCGGGUGUGCAUAUAGAGCAGACCGCUGUGGUUGUGGAGGCUUCAGAAGAUGAGUUCAUCAAAAGCAUUAUAGGCCGAAGCGAACCUACUGUAGCUGAGGGUUUAGACGAUGAGUUCAAUACACAGAUUGUGUACCGAAACGAUCAAACCCCGCACGGGGCGGCGCUGAGUGGGCGCAGAGAGUGCCGGAGAACGCACCGACGAAAGCGCAGGAAGAAGGCUGGUUUGCCCGGACUCCGGGCUGGUGUGGAGAAUGAUAUUCCUCUCUUCAGCAUCGGCGACAAAAACGAUAACAGCCCCACAGAUACAAAUGCUGAUCAAUCCAUCGCCUCGGCAACCAAUACAAACCCCGACCCAAGGGCGCUCAGGCGCAAAAGUGGGCAAUCCGGGAGGCAGUCAAACACCAUACACAGUUCAAUGAGUCCACCUAGGCGGUGUAUUAGCGCACCUCUGUCUCUGUCAAAGCCACACCGGUACACCCUGUCAAAGACGAAGUCAUAUAUCGCAACGAAUCUCAAACAAUGUAGUAGUGCGCCUGUAUCUCAGUCCAAGUCUCAUCGGCAAGCCCAGUCAAAGUCACAGGUAGAUGUCACAUCUGAUCCUAAACGAUGUACCAGUGCACCUCUAUUCACAGCUCCUGCUGCUAUAGUAUCACAAUCAAAGCCGCCACCUCGCCCGUCUCAGUCAAACGAUACCCUCGGUACAGCGAAUCCAAAUACACACAACACAGUGACCUCACAUGCACUCAGUACAAUGAGUUCACAUACACUCAGGCCCACACCACUGAUGAAACCUGCAUAUGCGCACGUACCAGAUGAUACAAAGCCUAGCAUACACUCCAGUGAUAUUGGAGGUCCACACGUACUAAGCAGUGUGGAUCAGCCACUGUGUAGUGUUAACGAGCUACUACAGCACCACCUCCGUGCUUUACAUGGCCCUGUAGUAGGCAAAGGGGUGAGACAGGCGAAGGAUGUGGCAGCUGCAGCCGCUGCACACACACGCCCACACGUGUGUGUGUGCUGGGGCAUGCCGUCUACCACAGUCAAACGCAUCACUUCCUCAGUGGGUCAUUUGCGCGUUCUGCUGGACACGGCAGUGGGACAGUACAUCUACAAAGCAAGUUCGAAGAGUCCAGAAGCCGAGGAUGUGAAGGACGAUGGUCGAACUAUCAAACCGAAGAUCCAAGCCGAUACAAUCCCUCGGAAGCGCCCAAUGGCAGACGGCGCGGGUAUAGCCACCCGUGUACCGGUGACGGUUAAGUCCGAGGUUCGGCCUGCUUGUGUGUGCUCUCUGAGGUUCCCUGGCUUGGUAGGUGGUGACUGCAUAUGUCAAUCGACGGAGGCACAGAAUCAGGAGGAUCCUCCAAAGAAAACGCAUAUAUCCUUUAUCUCUCCUGAGGCCGUAGCCGCAGGCAUACGCAUCAUACGCACAGUGACACUGUGCAUUGCAGUGCUGCGUCCGGUGCUACACACGUGUAACUCGGCGGUAGAUGAACCGACUGCGGCAGGAGCUUAUAAUAGGUACAACACACAGCCUACUGCUUGUAAUGAGCCUGAGGAGUCGUUUGAUGAUAUCGGAACAACAUACACACAUGCACAUGGCUCCGUGGGUGCACGCACACACGCGCGCGCGCGCGCGCGACAUACCACGACCACUGCUGGGCGUGUGCGUGCGGAUAAUACCAAACAAGAACGGGCUACUAGUGCUGAAGAAGUAGAUAAGGGCUCGCUCCGAGCACGUAAAGAUGCUUUACAGGUACUCAUCACACUGCUGCCUGUGACUGAGGGUUUGCUGCGCCUAGCCUCCAUGUCGGUGGACGUGUGCGAAGAGGUGUGCCGUCUGUGGCAGGAUGUCAUCAGUGUGACCGGGUGUGCUUUGGACAAGCGAUCUUUGGCAUUGUUUCUGGGUCCGAUUUUGCUUAGUGUCCGCUGGGCCGCGCGGAAUGCUCGCUCUAGUCCCAGAUUAGUACGCCGACUGGUUGAUUGCGGUACGGAUCUGGCUGUCUGCCUUCACCAAAGAGGCUUCUCGUUUGAACUGCAGGAACUAAAGAAUGCCGUAGUCGAUCUAUUUCUAACAUCCUACCGGCUUUCACGGAGAGGGGUUGCUACAGACAACUCAUCGGAAUCAUCCUCAACAGCACAAGCAGCGUUGCCAGCCUACUUCAGAAUUAUCCCAAUACUCUUCCCUCCUACCGGACCACACUCAGAGACAGUACUCGAAGUCAUGGGCUUGGGAAGCGCUCGAGGUGGUGCAAUGAACGGGAACACACAUUCUUCUGCACUUACACAUGCACAUACAUACACGCGCGCAUCGGAAGUCGUAAGACAACCACAUGCGUGCGCAUCUGAGGAUUCGUUCGCGCAGGUAGCACCUAUUGACAAACCGGCGGGUACCAUCGCAGACUUCACUGCUACCCGUAUGCCUCGGCCGCCGAUGCCAAGCACAGAGGUUGGUAUCAGCGAGCAUGCCCAGAAGACUAUGCACAGCUUGGUUACCGACCGAAAGGAGGCAGCUAUAACCGUUUGCAAAGCGCUCUCUCGUGUAUUGCGAGGGCUAGAUAGGGAAGGUAUGCCCGUGCUUGAUACUCAGGAGAAUGGGGCUAGUGAUUGGCGUGCUGGGGCUAUGCAGAGGCCAAAUGAUAUCAGUAUGCGCUCUGCGCGUGUGCUUGACAGUUGGAGUGGUGAUAAAGUCGAAGUCGGUGGGCUAGAUAGCCCUUGUGAGGUUGGUGUAGAGGUAAGGUGUGUGGCCGUACGAGAGUAUCUGCGUAGUGUGUUGACGUGUGGUUCGGAGUCAGUCAAGAAUGCGAUGACGAAGGUGAUCAACUCGGAGGGUAUAGUUGAUAGCCACCCAACGGUUAAAACCGAACAGGUGGAUGUCACUAUUGUUAAUGAGAGUCGCAUUGGCCAAGCUACAAGCCGUGCAUCUGAAGUAGAACAGUCCAAUCCAAUUCUUGGCUCAGAUAAACUGGUGAUUAGUGAUACAGUCAAAGAUGUUAGCAGUGUUUUGUAUAAGGAUGAAACUAGUUGUACAGGUAUUGUUGAGUGCGGAACUGUUGGGAACUCUGUUCCACGCGAUCGGCUCGAUUGCGUGGAAUCAGAAGACGGAGGAAAAGAUGAUACGUCCAACACUGACGGAAAUGACGCUCAAAAUACCACGAUUAUGGCGAAGAGUGGUAUUGUUCUGACAGACUCUAGUACGAUACACGACGUGGCAAGAACGGAAGAAAAUGAUCAUGUAAACGGGAGUGUAGCGGACCUGUCAGUCGCUUGUGAUGAGACAGGGAAUGUGCGUAGCAGUAAGGUUCAGAGUGCGCUGGCUGCGUCGGGUGCUGUGAAGAAGGCGGUGAUAGAGGUAAAUGACGAUGGUUGUGUACCUAAGAAUGCUACAGAGAUCGCGACGGGCAUUGCAGGUCGGGGCUCUCUUGACACGUGUGAUAUCGGGAAGGAGGUGGAGGACCAUGAUUAUGUACCUGAGACCCAACAAGGUAGUGCGAAUAAUGCGAUAGACCUUGCUAAUAAUGCAACAGAUAAUGCUAAGGAUGUCACAAAUGUUGAUAAGAAAGUCACAGAUAUUGUUACGAAUGCUACGGAUAUUACUAAAAAUGCCACAGAUCAUGUGGAGAACGUUGAAGGUCUGGACUCUACGGACACGUCUGAUACUGAGGCAGAGGAAGAUGAAGAUAUGCCUCUAGCCAUCUUCUGUACUAAACGCAGAGUUACCAAUGUGGCUGCGAGGGGUCUUGGAGGAAUCCAAAAAGGUGCGCAAGAACCUGAGGAUAUUCAAUCAGGAAGUGUUCAUAUUACCGCAGACUUAACCCCUAGACCCCUGAAACCUGGAACCCUCGUUGCUAGGAUACAGAGUGAUUCUGAGAGAACGGGGGAGGGUUGCUCGGACAGUAUGCCUCUUAGUACAGAGGCAGCGAAUGGUUCUGUCUCUUAUGUCUAUGAGAUGGAUGGCAAGGUGCCCAGAGUAUCGGAAAAUACGCACCGCAAAGUUGAAGCCAUAGGAAAAGAUGGCAACAGUAGCAUACACCAGGACGAUAGUAGUAUGCACCGGCUAGUGGACAUAUCGCGGAACACUGUGGCUGAGGGUGCUGUUGAAGGGGUCAGCACAGACGAUGGAGAGUCUCCUCAAUGCUCUAGUGUGUCUUCAGAUGCAUAUACUGGCAAUGGUGGUUCAUUGGCGACUGCAUCAGAUGUUGACACCUCGAACAGCAGGCACUUCCCAUGCACUGAAAUUGGUAGUAGUAGUAGUAGGAAGUCUGUACUUGAUUGGGGUACCGCUGUCGAGAGCGCGUCUCGAAACUCAAGUGUGGCGUCGAACUCACAUGCGAUAGCCCUGGAAGGACCGAACAUUGUGCAAAAGGAAUACCCGGUUAACAGGGGAUCGUCGGUAGCGUCUGCGGAGGAGAAACAGUCCAAGGGCACGGGGUGUGCUGAUUCUGUGGGUGUAUCACCUCAAGUCAACGCAAUCGGAGGCUCAGGGCCAAAUACUACCGUCACACAGACAGCAAUGGCAGGCGAGAAACUGAAUUUGGCUACGGAGUGUGUUGAAAUUGUGGGAGUGACCCCGCAAAUCGCCACACUGGGAGGUUCAAAAUUAAUUCCUACUGACACACGGGCAGUUUCCGAUGGUGAACGUGUGCCUAUGAACGACAAUCUGCCGCGGGAAGUACUAUCAAAGGAUGAGAAUGCACGUGUGGUGCUUGUAACCGAAGCGUCUGUGGUGGUAAACGACACUGUACCAAAGAGUCUCGAGACAGCAUUGCAGGAACCAGCCAGUGGUGUCACUGUAGAGUCCGCCAAAAGCACAGUGAGAGCUGCACUCGAGGGGAUUGUACCUCUGCCGGCUGCGGAGAUGCGUGAGAGCUCGGGACUUCUGAAAACACCUACACGCUUGAGGGCGCUUGAAACGCAAAACGCUGUCUCAAAAGCCAUCUCGAACUCCCUCAAGAAAAUCAGAAAGGGCAAGAACAACCCCAUUCGUGAUACGGGUGUGUCUGGUGGCCUCAGGAAAGUGCCGUCGUCUCGGGCGCGUACUAUGUGUACCGCUGCGGCGAAUACGCGAAAGGAUGUGCAGUUUUCUGCGAGUGUUACACAAACCAACGCAGCCAAGCGACCUACUGCGAGUGUGUUGGACCUUGAGGGUGCAGAUAAUCUCAGCAUAGAUAUGUCUAAGCCCCUCAGUAUAGUCGUACCUGAACACAAAGAUGUGGCUGACGAUGAGUCUAAGGUUGUCAGUACAACAGCUGGUUCGGCUAGCUCUGGAGGUUGUGUCAGUGAAAGUAUAUUCGGUUCUAAUGAAGUCGCUACUGUGACCGUGCGUGCUUCUGUAGACCAGGACAUGACCUCCACCGGUGAACUGGGUAGGUGUGAAGGGAAAGUGCAAGCCGACAACAAGUACGCACUUUCUGAUUACGCUGAGGUGUCUCCAGAUAUUUGUGAUACAACAGCAGAAAGUAGGCCAACAACAGUACAUCCCUGUAGAGAAACUGAUGCGUCUGCUACUUGGCAUUCUGUUGGUGUAUGCCAUAUGGUGGCUAACAAAUGCUCGGUGUCUGAGUUGUCGGACAAAGGAUGUCGCGCAGGCAGUGAUCUGGAUGAAAGUGCGAGAACAGCUGCCAGCUACGACUUGGACCGCGAUUUACCUACAGGCCAAAAGGGGUUGCAAGCAACGGACAAAUAUACCGAUGGCAGUCUGCAGUGUGGUCUGGCUGCUGGUGAGCGCGUGGCGAAUACACCAAAGGGGAUUGUCAGUGCCACUGUAGAUGUGAGUACAUCUGCAAGCUGUGAAAGGGUUGGUGCGCCGGUAACUAUCGACGCUGUCGGUGUGGGGGGUGACUUACCUGAAGGUCGGGCUGCGGCGAUGAGUUCUGCGGAUGAUAAUCGAGGAGACACUGUACCUACAGACGCAGAGAUAGACGAGGCACCGAUGAGAAUGGCCGAUAGCUACUCAGCAGAUGGAGUAGUAGAGGUGGCGACUAGACGGGUUCUGCAGGACAGUCCGGUCGUAGACAACGUCUGUGUGACCAUACCCGGUGACAGGACGGGCGCAUUAGCGAGGGGUUCUACAGAUAUUCCGGGCGUGUCUAGCCAUGGGGAGAUAGUGAAUACCCAUGCUGUUGACGAGAAGAAAGACUCGUUGGCCACUACUUGUGUAUCUACACCCUGUGAAACGGCGGAUGUACAUACACAUGAUGUCGACCAGGAUACUGGCUUAGUGGGCGGGGCUGAGCCUGACCAGGGCUCUACGUCCUGUCUGUCUGCUGCCGAAAGUGUGUCUACUGCUGUAAGUAGUGCUGUACAGGUUUCCUGGAUUGUUGGUAUGAGCGUUUUUAUGGAGAAAACGGAGAAACGUACGGAUGUAGUUGAUUGCGAAAGUGCGAGCGAGGAUAUAUUUAAACAAACAGCCGAUGGUGAUUGCGACAAGGAUGAGUUGCACUGGAUGUCAAAAGAUGAUGCAACGAGUCAAAAGGGAAGUACGCUGAGUGACCUAACCAACAACGCUAACGCGAGUGCGAGUACGAAUAGCGACAGUACCGAGAUAGCAACCCCCCCACAACACGCCUCCGUACCAAAGUUUCAACACACGGCUGUUGAUGUAGUGGCUGUACCUCUAUUGGAAGAGACAGAGUUGAGUGUCACACCUACCCAUGGCCAUACAUCCGGUGUGCUCAUGCAGAGCUCUGUCGGCCUUGUAGUAGCUGGUUUUGCCACAUGUCAAGUAGCAGACGCUGCUGCACGCACAUAUGAGGACAGUCGACCUUCCAAUACACAUACGGCUAAGGAUAGUAGUACUCUCACACUUGCAACCGGCGAGGAUAGUAAAACGGCCGUAUUUGCAAGUGAGGAUAGUGGAACUCUAUCUUCCAAUACACAAGUGCGCGUGUCUACCCCUAUAGGCGUGGGUGACCCACAGGUCCAUACAGACGUGCAGACACAUACACUCUCUAGCGCACACACCCUCACAUCCUCACACGCACAAACACACACACCCUCACAUGAACAGAUACACGCACACGCCCGAGCAAGCACACCCGUCGUGCCUGAGUCGUUGCUAGUGCAAUGCGUGCAACCACGUGCGCGUUUCCCUGCAUGGACAGGUCUCCGUGAAGCGCCACACGGCUUUCUAGGCCAACAACCCGCAGAGCGCACGAACGGUUUGGAUAACCUGGGCACACAAGUAUGUACACAACGUAGGACGUAUGUAAAUAUCACGCCACAGACCUUGCCUGGGUCAGAGACAGAGAGUGGGUAUUUGAGCAGCAGUACCCCUGCACAUGCAGACCCACACCCACACCCACGGGCUCGGCCGUACACACCGUAUAUACAGCCUUAUAAACCGAAGCACGCGCAGACAAUGGCUAAUCUUAAACAUACAUGUCCCUCACCAUCGGACACUCCGCGAAGAGGUGCAAUUGGGCCUAAGCACACCUUGACUGAAAAUUUUAGGUGCACGCCAUCACACGCUAAUACCAAAGGUACUGAGGAGGUAGCUGUGGAGGAGACCCCCGACGAGACGCCCAUGCAGCCUCGCAAUUUGGCGAUCGCCAUCUGUCGCACGGAGGAAGGGCUGGGUGCUGACGCAGAUGUUGCGAUGCUAAAAAUAGAACAGCCCGUGCUAAAAAUAGCACAACCGUCUACUAGUCAUGAUGCCAACGAGGUUAGGACAGUCUGCGACGAGGUUAUAUAUCUGGGUACUAAAAACAGAGCAUCAAGUGGGGUUGAGACAGCUGGUGCCUGUCCCGAUACCCAAUCCACACACUCGACCGACAUGAAAACACAGCAGGCGUCGAGCACAGCCACCACUCGACAUAACCCACAGACACAGACCCACAGUCUCACACUCUCACACACACACGCACGUUCUCGGUUUGAGCCCUGUGCACCGUCUAGCACACCGUCUGCGUCGAGUCUGCGGUCGGUAGGAAUGUCGGCGGUGUCUACCCCGUCCAGGUCACUGCGGUUUGAUUUGACAGCCAAUAUACUGCACGAAUUCGAGAUGGAGGGCCGUUGUCUCCGUAAACUCAAGACCAGCCAGUCGCCAAGCACUGAGAACAAGCGAACCCUGCAUGAUUCUCCAAAGGUCAUUGUGAAAGGCGAUCGCGGCAGUCCCAGUUCGGUGAAGAAGAAGGCCAACCGCAAGUGGUUUUCGGACAGUUAUCUGUCGCCCGAGUGGUUAUCUCACCCCAUCAAACAGGUUCUGAAAGACCUGGGGUUCCUUGCGAUCUCCCUCAAGGCAGCAGAACGGUUUCUAUUGGGGAGAGGUGUCAUCAAUUUGGGUGGUUUGGUGGAGUGUGAUAGCGAUCUGUGCUCUAAGCUAUGGCCCGCCCCGGCACGGCCGAUACUGCGCGCCAAAAUGGGAGAGAUCUACGGCAAACAACCAACAACGAGCGCAAGCAUAAGCAGCAAUGCUAUACGGAGAAGUCUACUGUGA